CAAAACAAUGCAAGUCACCUCGAGAGGAAAAACGCAAAGUUUUAUAUCGCAUUUCGAUAUUUUGAACAACUUUCAAUGGCCACUAACAAUCUGAUCGCCCUCACAGCUUUAGCAAGCUACAGUGGACACCAAGUUGUUGUACCUUUUGUAAAUAAUUCAAUGUUUUUUGGUUAUAAAGUGAGCAGUGAUGACACUCAAACACUGGCAUUGUACUACAAUCUGAGCGCAUUUAACAACACGCUACGUUCACACGGAUACAGCACUUUGGUGAGCUGGGAAAGAUUUCAGAAUGUUUGCCGAGACAAGUUAGACUUGCUGAUAAGAUUUAGUCAUGGUGAAGAAGCUUCACGCCGACAACAAACAACGGAACUUCAAGGUUUUCAAACUAGAUUUGGCUUCAAUAUAUCGAAAACUGUUCGCGUGGAUUCCGGAAUGCUUCGAUCUGUUGAAUCUUUUCUUGACAAAGUGGUCAACGGAAGUACAUGUAUUGGGAUUCAGCAGUGGAGAGGAAACGGAACAGGAUUAAAUCGAGCCUUCUUUGCACUUCCAAACAAUAUUUAUCCUUCCCUUUCAAAGUCCCAUUUAUCAUUCAAUGAGAAACUUUUGGAAAUCGCCGAUGACUUUAUAAAUAAGACUCUAGGUUCGAACUAUAUUUCCCUUCAUAUGCGCACGGAAGGGAUUUUAAAGCGUUCCGGUGGUAAUUUUACCACUUUAGUCAAUUGUAUUAAGAAACAGGUAUCACUGGUUAAGAACAUUGGAGCCCGUCAUCCUAAUUACAAUAAACUUUUUGUUGCUGCAGAUUUUACAGCGUUUGGUUCGCAGUCUCGUUGGGUCUCAGAAGCACGCAGUAGAGCCUCUUUGCUCUUAAACCACUUAAAUGAACUGUUCCAAAAAAUUAUAUUUUUUCAGCCGCAUUUCUAUAAUCUUAGAGACAAUGGAGCCGUGGCCAUUGUUGAAAUGGCUGUCCUUGCUUCAGGGAAACAGUUAUUCUUAACCGGAGGGGGGAGUUUUGAAUAUUUCAUAAGAACACAGUUUAUGAAAAGAAGCCCAAACGGUUAUGAUAAAGUGCAUGGGGUGUGUAUGUCGUAG